UUUUUUUCUUUACCUUUCCUCCUUUUUUUGUGACUAUGAAUGAAUUACUUAUAUGUGGAUAGUAAUAACGUAGUUUUCUAUGGACGGUCAUUAUCCUGAAAAAUUGAAGUUGAUGAAUUGUUAGGAAAAAAUUCCAAAAAAAAUUUAUUUUGUAAUUAAAUGAAUAUUAAGCAAAAAUUUUAAGAGAUAUUUUAAGAAAUGAAUAUUAUUAAAUAAUUAUUAAAUAAAAAAUGGGAUUUUAUGAUAAAAAAAUAAUAUUAAUUUUGAUAAUAAAUAAAAAUAAAAUUAAUUUUGAGGAAUCUCCUUUGGAUUUAUCUUUCAAAAAGGAAGAACUUCCCGAUCUUGAACAUAACAAUUUUGACUUUGAAGGGAAUCAACAAGAAUUUGAAAGAGAUGAAACGAAAGAUGAAAUACCAGAAAUAAUUAAAAAUAACCGUCGAAGGAAGUUAAGCUUUGGAAAUGAAGUUAAGAAAAAAUGUUUAAAUGGAGGGGAAUUGGAUAAUAAAAGUUUUGGUAAUCAAAAUGAAAUAAAAAUUAAAAAGGAGCCAAAAGAAAGUAAUAUUUAUUCCCCAACUUCAUUUUCACCAAAUUAUUUUUCAACUACGAGAAGUGAUUUGUCUAAUAUUUCACCUUCCUCUUCUUCCUUUUCUCAAUGUUGUAGUGGAUCUGCAUCCUCCUCCCCUAUAAUAAAUAAUCAUUUUAUUGGGAAUGAUAAUUGUUCAAUAAAAUCAUCUUCCUCUAUUUGGCCCACAAAUAAUGGAAAAACAACCCCCACAAUUUCAUCUACUUUACUUUCAAUAAUUGGAAAUGGACAGAAAAAUAUUUUAAAUGAAUGGCAAAGAGUAUUAGAGUAUCCAAAUCAACAUUUCUCUGAACCUUCAUCUCCAAAUCACCCAGAAGAUAAAAAAGAAAAAUCUUAUCAACAAAUUUCUGAACAUUUUGACAAUACUAAAAAUGAAAAUUCUUCUGAAGAAAUUAUUCAAACAACAAAAAAUGGAAAUUUUAAUAAAAAUUCUUUUGGCCCCUCACCUGCAAAGAUACGCCGUUUAAAUCAAAAUGAACAUCAAAAUAGUCAAAGGGAUGAAAUUACUGGACUUUAUAUUUGUGAUAUUUGUGAUAAAACUUUUAAUAAACAAAGCUCUUUAGCAAGGCACAAAUAUGAACAUUCUGGCCAAAGACCUCAUAAAUGUGAACAUUGUGAAAAAGCUUUUAAACAUAAACAUCAUCUUACAGAACAUAAUCGCUUACACAGUGGAGAAAAACCUUUUCAAUGUAAUAAAUGUAUGAAACGUUUUUCUCAUUCUGGUUCUUAUUCGCAACAUAUGAACCAUCGAUAUGCUUAUUGUAAACCUUUUAUGAACAAAAAUGGAUUAAUUAAAAAUUCUAGUGAAUUAAUUGAAAAUGAAAUUGAGAAAAUAAAUGAUGGAAAAGAAAUUAAUUUGAUAGAAAUAUCUAAAGAUGAAACAGAAAAAUAAAAAAAGUUUUUCUUGUUACCGUGUAUACUGCCUUAUUAAUUACUCUGGGUAAUUAUUGUUUCAACCCCUGGGCCGUAGUAUAAGAACGUGGCUGCUGAUUAGGUGAUCAACUCGGCACUCCAUCUACGAUGGGUACCAACCACCUUCUUAUACUACGGGCCCUGGCUGAUGGGAAUAAUUAUUUAAGAGAGGUCAAUUAAUACAGUAUAUACGGUAUUUUAUUUUACCUCAUUUUCUAUUUAUAUUUCUUUACUUUUAUUUACCUCUAAAAUACUUUUUCGAUCUUCUUUUGGUGCUAAUAUUUAUACAAAAUUAUUAUUUGUAACAACGCUUCCAUGUCCCUCCU